GGGCCUUUGAGGCGCUUCCCGGCAGCGGCGCUGCUUGUUCUCCGCCGGGGACCGGUUGAAGUGCUGAGGGACGGGCAGCUCUGAAAGAGCCUUCCUGCAGUCUAGGGCCCUCCAGACGCGUUGGAGGACUACAAGGCCCAGCCUUCCUAGCACUAGCACGGGAAUGCUAGGAGAUGUAGUCCAGCGCACCCAGGGAGCAGCAGUGGCGGAGGCCGCUCUAAAGAAUUAAUAGCACUAUGGUAUCUGUGUCCGCCCAAGAGUAAGCAUUGAGUUCAGUGGGAUUUAUUCCCAGCUAAGUGGGUAUGGGAUGGCAGGCCAAGAAUCACAUUUCCAGGACGUUUAUAAUGGAUGAGGGUUUGCAAAUGCUUUUCCUGCUUGAUAAUGCAUCAUUCAGGUGCAUGCAGAAACCAAAGUGAAGUGGAAGCAGUUGUGUUGCAUAUUACCACCUCCACUGAUUGUAAAAGCCUCAUUGUAACUUAUUGAGACACAUGGGAGCUUUAGUCACAGUGUUUCUGGAGGUUACCUAUUGGGAAAGCCUGUCUUAGAGUGCCUUUUGGACAAGAUUUUUGAAAUACAUUAACGAAUAGCUAUGGUUUCCUAUUAUGUGAGAUUUUUUGUUUGUUUCAGAAACAUUUGUGGCCAGAAUUGAAUGAUUGUGUAACCUCAAGAUGGCAAAAAUAAAAGCCAAAGAAGCACAUGAUGUAUCAUGCCAAUCCACAACAAAACCAGAGAGUCUUAAAAACCAACACAAGAAGAAGAAAAAGAAGAAAAAAUUGUUUUGGAAAAAGAAAAACAAGCAGGUGGAGAAGAAAGCACAAAGAGAAUCCAAGCCAGCAGGAGAAUUGCCUCCAAAAACACCCCAAGAAUUCUCCUCAAACUGGAAGGCAUUGCAGGAGCUUCUGAAAAAAAAGGAAGCCAAUUUGAAUUGCACUGUUACUGCACUAGACACAUCUUCCAAGAAAAAACAUACAACUAAAGCAGCAGGGAUUGUUCUCCGAAUGCCGAAUGGAACGAAGAAGAGUCUGACUUUCCAGUCUGCAGAGAUGGCCAAGAAGAAUCAUGUGGAAGGUUUUGUUCAGCAAAGUGUCACAAAACCUGAAAAACCCUUGCAUGGAAAGAGGUUGCCCCAGGCCUGGGAGGAUGGAAAAAAAUGCAAAGGAGGCCUAGGAAGGGGCAGUGCUGAGCAGAAAGAAAGAAACUUUAAACAUAAAAAGAGGAAAACUGAAGAGCAAGUGGAACCAAAGCCAGAAGACAUCUGGUUUGAUGAUGUUGAUCCAGAUGAUAUUGAAGCAGCCUUGGGACCAGAAGCUGCAAGACUUGCUCGGAAAAAAAUGGGCAUCCAGGACAAGCAACCCCAGCAGCCGGCAGAACAGACACUGGUUAAAGAAAAGGCCUUUGAAGGUCUAACAAAAGCUGUGGCCAUGGACUGUGAGAUGGUGGGUGUGGGACCCACAGGCGAAGACAGCAUCGUGGCUCGUGUGUCCAUUGUGAACCUGUUCGGAAAGUGUAUUUACGACAAAUACGUCAAGCCCACCGAAGAGGUGACAGACUACAGAACAGCUGUUAGCGGCAUCAGGCCUGAAAACUUAAGGACAGGGGAGAAUUUCAAAGUUGUUCAGAAAGAAGUAGCUGACAUCCUAAGAGGAAGAAUCCUAGCUGGGCAUGCGCUUCACAAUGACUUAAAGGUUUUGUUUCUUGACCACCCAAAAAAGAAAAUCCGGGACACACAAAAAUACAAGCCUUUCAAACAGCAAGUCAAGAGUGGGCGACCAUCCUUGAAGCUGCUCUGUGAGAAAUUGCUGAAUGUGAAGGUGCAGACUUUGGAGCACAGUUCGAUCCAAGAUGCCCAGGCAGCAAUGAGACUGUACACACUGGUGAAAAAGCAGUGGGAAGCAUCGCUCAAAGUAAAACGAAAGGAGAAGAAAGAUUAAAUCUGGACAGCUCUAGAGGUCAUGCCCACAGUGCUGACAAAAAAACCUCCAACGGGCCAGAAUGGCCUUUUAUCUCUGUCCCUUCUGUUUGCCUGAACUGGACAUGAUGCAGAAAUAAAUCCAAAGGCACUUGGUUAUGAAACCUUACUUCACACACCUGUAAGUGAAAGUGUCCCAAAGCCUCUUGGUGUUGAUGGAACACAGCUGAACCUAAUUUUCUAACUUGGUGUUGCUUACUGAUCUAGUUAACUUUAGGCAGACUUGUCCGUGUCUUGUUCAAGGAUAGUACAAGCCCGAGGAGCAAAUUAGAAUGCUACACACAUGUAUCAACUCCUGAUUUCUCUCCGAAUAUGCUCUGGUAGGACCAAAACAGCAUCCUUCCUCCUAUAGUAUUGUGUUUAUACAGCUGCCUCCCAGAAACUUCAUGACUCGGGGAGGUGGAAGUAUGUGCUAACAGAGGGAAUCUUCUGAAAGGUCAGCAGCUCUAGGGAGCGCCUAGACAUCCUAUGAUAAUCUCCACUGUGCAAAGAGAAAAAGGAGUCUGAACGCACUUGCCGGGGCUUCAGCAUCUGAAAAAAACUCUGCCAUCUACAUGGACUUGUUCACGUGGAAGCUGGAACCGUUGGGAAAGCGGCAACGAAGGGGGACGCACCCUGUGUCUUUGCUUGCCAGCAGUGGUGGUCCUUUGGCUUCGAGUGCCUUUCAAGUCACCAGCUACCUCUUCUGGCCACGAUCCACAGGACUAGAAAACGAGUUCCGGAAGCACAAGGGAGUUUCGGUUGCCUGUUCGAAUGCUGGCCUGCCGCGGUGCGUGGCGGACCAGUUCUGAAAUGGCAUUCCUGCCACAAACCCGAACAGUUGGGCUGGCUGCAAACUACGUGAAAGGCCUUGCCUGAAUCUCCCCAUGUUUUAAGGCCCCACUGCGCCCUGGGGCUGCGGGCCAGUUGGGCUGGGCCAUGGGGUGGGGCAGCCACCCCUUUCCCCCUCUGUGGCUUCCCCACCACCUGGUUUGACUCUGAGCUAAGCAUUUACUGUCUAACUGAGGAGCUGCAGAGUUGCAUCAGACUUUAUUAAUUGUGGAACAUGUAACAAUAUUUUUGAGCAAUAUAUAAAAGCCCUAAAGUUCAACAAAUACAGAAAAAAAUGCAGCAAAAGGCACAUUUCCCCAAGUCCUUUUGCCAUUCAUCUUGUGACAGCAGGUGGCUUGAGGCAAACCAGGAAUUUCUUCCAGCAAGUUUGGCUUUGUUUCAAGCAAGGUGCCCUGCAAAAAUAGGGCAAUUCAUGAAUAUCUAUAUAUUAUUUAUGAAAGAUUCAGGGAUUUCUAAAUAAAUUUGUAUUUUGAAAA